GAACUCGAUCAGCACAUUUGCUGGCAGAAGCACGUGGGGUGGGCUUGCUCGAACUGCCAAGACCAAGCCUUCGUGGCUAUGCAGCGACAACGAUAAGAGCCAAGUCCUUUAGCUACAGCACUUUUAUCACACUCAAACAUCCGAACAAGGCCAGCGUUUCUGGUAUCUGAAUGGGUCAAAGGCCGAAAUGACCGAGCUCAGCGAAUGCAUUGUUACUGCCGGCCCUGGAGUCUCAAUAACGUGCGAGCAAAGAGAAGACGGCGCAAUCGCACUCUUGAUUACACAUGAUAGCAACUCACCAGGGGAAAUUCAGAAGCACAGUGGUUUCGGUCAGGACGCUUCAUGGAGGUUCUCAGAGAAACGCGCUGUCUCUUCAAACAAGAUCGUUUUCCGAUUCCCCCAAGGCGGAAACAGUAGGUCGAAGCGAUCUAUGGAUCGUCAAGAUCUCACGGAAAGAAUCAAGAAGGGUUGGCCGAAGAGAGUCGAGAGAAUCGAGCAGAACGGAGCAUCUUGGCUUGUGAAUGCAUGCCUCUUCUUUGGCAGCUUUGAGUUCGCCUCUGCUGAGCAGUGGUCCUCUCACAACCUAGACUCUGCCGAACCAGAGAUUAAACGGGAGAGAGGUCCAUGGCAUCGUGUCAACUUGGCGCGUCGGCUGGACGAGCGUUUGCAGGCCGCGAGGCGCGAAAAUCCGUACUACUCGGAAUUGAAUUGCCGGAGAGCCAUGCUGGCGGAGAUAUAUCCGGACUUCGAUGAAUCAGAUGAAAAGAAGAGAGCUUAUCAGAAGAGGUUUCAGAGACGCAUCAAUCAUGGACGUGUAGAAUCUAAGCUCUUGGGAAUCAGCGCUGCGCUUCUUUUGACUGUUGCACCCAUUCUAAAUUAUGACGAUCUUGAAUGUCUUUCACAUAGCUGGGAAGAUUCCUGGUUACCCCAGGAAGUGAUCGACGCGUCAAAGAAAUAUGAACAGUUGGCGGUAGUCCUGCUGUUUUAUUUGGAUCAAAUCGGAAAAUGUUCCGGCGCCUUACUACAACGAUCAAUUCAUGUUCUCAGCACCAUAACGUGGAAUCUCAACGGUCCGCCGAUCAGAUUAUCACAAGAGGGUCUGAUCAAAGUCAACGUCAUGCCUAUCGGCGAGACAAGAAGAGCAGUGUUUAGAUUCUAUGUGGAUUCCAUCUGCAAUGGUCGAACCAUUCUUAGCGAUAAUAUCUAUCGUCAGGUGCUAAAAAUUGCCAAGAUUAACAAUAGCACCCUUUACGCCCUGCUUGCCCUUUCAGCAUCUUAUUACAAGGAGUAUUUGACAGAUAACAGUCCCGAGAGAAGUGAAGUAGAGAACAUUGAGCGCAUUUGUUUGAUCCAAGCCUUCAAUUCUCUCCCCCCACCCGGACCGACGAGAGAUGCUUCCCUUAUGCUGCUCAUACAUCACGCAAUACUUAACCCAAAUUGCCAUAAAAAUCACUGGACACAGUACUUGUAUCAACUCCAACAUCAUCCGGAGCAGCAAAUGAACGUGGUUAUUGCUGCUCAUUCAGUUUGGCUUAUGGCUGUCCUCCCCCUGCACGACAGAUACGACUUUCAGAAAUUUGACUAUGAUUGGUUAGGCUGGGACUGUCCUAACCUCUAUAUGGUUAAUAGUAUACUGGGUCUAUCUCGAAAAAUGCUGCAUUUCCAGUAUAUUAUAACGAAGGCAGCAAAAACGCAGCAAACUCCAUCUUGUCAGUCGGAUUUCCUCAAGGAGAUAGAUGAGUCCCCGCAGCUCUUGCACGAAGAAGAUCUGCAAAAUCCUCUUGUAAGAACGGUAGCAACAACGACCAUGGAAGCAUACAGAUUGGCCACUAGGCUUUAUGCUUGUGGCAGACUUUACAGGCUCUUUCCAACUAAUCCCAUCAUCAAACAGGACACGAAGUUGCUGGUAGGUCAUCUCGAAUCGUUACCAAUAGAAGGGGAAGGCUACUCAGGUAUCCAUCCGGCCUUUUGCUUUAUCAUUGCUUGCAUUUGCAUUGAGGAAGUGGAAGACUUUGCAAAGCUUCACGGCAUUUUCGAGAGAAUUGGCUUAGCCAACAAGUCGAAUGUCCUCGGCUUAUGUAAGCUUCUCACGUGGAUAUGGCAUUGGAAGAUUACCUCGCGGACAUGGCGUGAGGACUGGUGGGAGGAACAGGCGAAUAUGAUAGAUUCUAAGAUGAACGGAAAACCGAUAUGCGUUACCUAAUAAGGUAGUUCAUAAGUUUGGAACUAUGUUGGGAUGUACUGAUGUGGUAUCAUCAGAUCUUUCCCAUCUACAACGCGCUUGAAUCGUACGCUCCAGAGGAUCAUUACUCUCCUCUCCACAAAUGCGCAGGACAACAAUAUCUCCAAUAUUCGUAAGGAACUUGUAUGAAUGGUAUGAACCUCCUGUUGCAAGGAUAAGGUUUGAUAUGCCAUCAACGCGAUCUAUGAUAGGGUAUUGCUUGGGAGUAAUAAGGUCACUAAUAAGCGUAAGUCUAGAUUUGGACACUGGCAUGAUAGCACCUACGGGCAGCAGAAGCGUUUCAACUCUCUGCCUCGGAACUGAGGGAGCAUCUUCUCCAGCACUUUCCGGUUGGGGGUUAUGUCAACUUCGUCACUCAAGUCGUCUGGAGAAGCAAUUCUAAAAGUAUCCGUUGUUGUCAUUUUCAGAACUUGGUGCAACUUCGAUAACAUGACUUCUCCUUCAUAAAGGCAUUGAUUUCAGUGAGUUGUACUCUGACUCGGACAGCUCAAGGACCGCCACACCAACAGCGGUAACUUGGAAGAAUCCUGGGGGGACGGGAAUUUUCGAUUUCUCCAGUAUCUCCGGUGUCCACGCGCCUGUGGAAACUAUUGUGGUUUUUCCUCGCACCACGGCGUCUCCAACUUGAACUCCAACGCACUUCCCUGCUUCGAUGAUAAGUUUUGUCACAUUAUUCCUGUGCCGCUGCACGCCGAGCUCUACAGCUCUGUCGGAGAUGGCUUGCACAGCGACAUCCGAAUCAGCAUAGCCAACAUUGGGAUUUAGAUAUAGCUCCUCUGUAACAGCUAAAGAAGGCUCUAUAGUUGA